UACCUACAUAAAAAAAUUGUUAAAAAAUCAAAUGACUAGUUAAUAAUCCUGAAAAACGAUGUUUCUGUUCUGAGCACAUUUCAAGUUUAACUCCACAUGAGAAUCAUUCAUUUUGGUCAAAUUUUAACUAUGUAUCUAUACCUUGCGUUUUGAGAACUAUACUUGAGUAUUUUUAUAAGUGAGCGACCAACUUACUUGUUAAAAAAAUAUAUAUAUAAAAUUUUGAAAAGUGCACUUUGAAUAACCUCUCUGCAAAUCGUUUGUAUGUACACUAUAAUGUACAUAUUUAUUGUCCAUACAUUGUAACAACGCUGAGAUAUAGGACGUAGACCUUUCACAUGAUAUCUACCAGUUAUUUAAGACUUAUUUUCAUGUGACCGAUUCACGUUUAAAACUCAUGUUAAUCCUCCGCUAACAACAACAAUUAAUGGGCACGAACUAUCGACUAUUUAUUUGCUUGGUAAUCAGUAAUCACUUUAUCAAACCAUUGUGUACUUACCUAGGUACAAGUACUUACGUAAGAUUUAUUUGUUAUAUAACUAAUGUUUACCCUCGGAAUUUUUCCUGAGAUUUUAUUUAUUUUACACAAUGCAUUUCAUUGACCCCGGAAUCAAAAGGCAGAAAGUGAAGGCAAAAGGAUUUUUAUUCAAACGAUCUAUAAUCACUUAAGCUAACGAUACACUUAAUAAUUGACACCUGAUGAACAUACGAGUACCUUGCGUGCAAAAAAAAAUCAAUUCCUAUCAAGCGGUAACGUUAUCAAUUCAACGUGUAAGAAGUCGAAGAUAAAUAAUUAGGAAAAGAACUUAUGAUUACCUAUGUAGGUAAGUAUAGUAUUGUAACGUUAACCUUUGCUAUCAAAUUCGGAUGAUGCCUAAUUUAGUUGUGCGCAAGAAUGUUAUCGUCAUUAUUUUUUCUCUCUGUUUCGUAAAUGUGUGAUAUUUACUGUGAUGAGAAGAUGAUGUAGGUAAUAAAUUAGUUUAUCACCCGGCUGGGGUUAUGUAAUUGUGAUAACGCCUUUCCUUUAGUAUGAAAAUGAUAGGUGGUCUGAAGAUACGAGAAUGUACCUUAGUUUGGUUGUGGAUUUUAUAGCAAUAGGUACUUGACUAACGUGUUAAAUAUGCUUCGAUUAAUUAUUAUAAUUGCGUUCGUGAGUGUCUCAGUAACGGAAGGAUUACUCGUGACUGUGAAUCAAGGUACGUUGAAUGGAACUUAUGUUGAAGCACGAAAUGGAAAACUAUUCAAUGCUUUCUACGGUAUCCCUUUCGCCAAGCCUCCGGUAGGGGAGCUAAGAUUCAAGGCUCCUGUGGCUGCAGAUCCUUGGGAUGGUAUUUUUGACGCCACUCAAACCCCAGUGGGUUGCAUAGAACUGGCCGACGAUGGAAAUGGAACGAAAGGUGGAGAAGAUUGUCUUAAUUUAAAUGUGUUUACCCCUUUGGGAGCUCGAGAAGGUGAUAAUUUAUCGGUGCUGUUUUACCUUUACGGUGGUAUUUUCAAAUCCAAUAAUAACAUGGAUCAUGGACCACAGUACAUGAUGACUAGGAACUUGAUCAUCGUUAUUCCUAAUUACAGAUCGGGACCAUUAGGUUUUUUGAGCACAGGAGACACAGUAAUUCCAGGAAAUUUCGGCCUGAAAGACCAGUUAUUAGCUUUGAAGUGGACUCGUGAGAAUAUUCACAAUUUUGGAGGAAAUCCCAAUUAUAUCACGAUGAAUGGUCACAGCUCAGGAGCAGUUAGCGCUCAUUUUCAUACGCUUUCACCUUCCAGUAAAGGGCUAUUCCAGCAGGUUAUUAUUCAGAGUGGAUCGGGAUUUUGUUCUUUGAGCUAUUGGGGACCUGAUGUAGCUCGAGCUAUUGCCAAAGAAUUCGCUAUAAAAGCUGGAUGUCCCAGUGUUGCUUCUUCUCAAGACAUGUACGAGUGUUUUAUGAACCUUAACGCAGAUCUUUUUGUCACGGUGCCUGAACAGAUGUAUGUACUUUGGGAUACAUAUCCAGAUGCACCUUUCAGGCCAACGAUAGAAGAUAAAAACGUAGAAGAUGCAUUCAUCACAGAUAUACCUAAUCAUUUAUCGUAUCAAUCUCCGGAGUUACCUUGGAUGAUCGGAUUAACAACCGGAGAGGGCGCUGGAACGGUAUCAGCAUUGUUGGAAAAUCAGGGCGAAAAAGCAGCAAUUUUAAAUAAAUUUACUAAAAUAUUACUUCCAAUCCUGCUGCAAUAUUUAUGGAAUACCAAAGCGAAACAUAUGGAUUAUGUUUCUGAAAUAUUAAAAACUCAUUAUUUCGGCGAAAAAGACAUGAGUCUGCAGACUGCUCACCAAUUAGUUCAAGAAAGUUUUUGUCCAUGUCUUGAAGAUGAUGUUGAAAAAUGCGAUGGGAGAUUUCUUUUAAUUACGAUUUUGGACCAAAAUACGUAUAUUGGUACGAUUACUCGGCGAAUUACAAGAGUCAAAAUGAAAUUGCGUAUUUCGAUGGUUUUUUAGGAAGAGCGUGAAGCUGUGAAUGGAGAGCCAAAAUCAGAAACAGUGUUGGCCACAGCGACGAAGUCAAUCUAUUAUUUCUCACCCAAAAAUCAGUUGGAAAGCUCAGUAAUCGAGAUAUCAUGUUUAGCAAAGAAAUGGUCAAAAGAUGGGUGAACUUUAUUCAAACAAG